AUGAUUUUCGCGUAUAUUGCUAUUACGUUGUAUCCUUGCUGAAAAGAAGUGUAAGAAAUGCACAAUUUUACGGUCCAGUGGAAGGUUAUCUAAUAUCCAUCGGAUACCGCAGACUAUGUUAUAUGUACGUCGGUUAAUGUCGUGUCCUUCAGUCAAAAUAUAUCUCAAUCGUUAGUGGCCAUGGAACCGUGGAUCGCAAAAGAUCCUCAAUAUUUAGCCAAUGUGUACAGUAGAAUGCACGCUCUGAUACAAGGCACUCACGGGAUACGAUCGCUAGGAACAGCAGCGCUCACAUUGUGCUACGUAGCAAUGGGAGCUGUGGAAGCGUAUCAUAUCGAGAGUAUAGAUGCUUGGGAUGUUGCAGCCGGGAAGCUGAUAAUUGAAGAAGCAGGCGGAGUUGUGAUAGAUACUGCUGGGGGAGAGCUAGAUAUAAUGACGCCAAGAGUUAUAGCAGCGUGUAAUCAACAAAUUGCACAGCAACUCGUGGAUCUUUUCAAGAGAGCCGAUUCUGAGAUACUUAAUAAAAACUUAAAUUAAUCACACGCGCUCAUUCUCUGAGACACACAUAUGCAAUGUAUACUUUAUAUAGCUUACAUUAUAUAAUAACGCAUAUGUCUUUGUAUCUAGCUUAGACACAAUAAUAUUAAAUGCAACUAGAGAAAAAGCUGCACUUGUAUUUACUUGUAUUAAUCAAAAGAUUGUGUUAGAACUAAGAGAUGCGUACACAUUUAGUACUUUUUAUCUGUUAUACUUAUGUUAUCUGAUGUACUUAUUAUUUUGAUAACUAAAAUUAAUAAAUGUAACAUACAUCAAUAAAUUGCUAUCAAAAAUAAUAAAAUAAAUAUCGUUUUGUCACAC